GCAAACGUGUCACUGGUUCUUCACCCACAAAAUACGUACUUACGGGUACCAUCCCCCUCCUACCUCAACAGAUCAUCAUCUCAACUUCUCUUUCCAAAGCCUAACCAAGCACAGCGACCCCUUAUCUUCUUCUUUUCUCUCAAUAUCGAGGGCAAUGGCUAGACCAAGCCCAGAUGCCAUUGACAAUUUCAUGAGAAUCACCGGCGCGUCCCACCCACAUGCGCUGCGAAAACUAGAGGAAUAUGGAGGCAAUCUUGAUGCUGCUGUGAAUGCACAUUUUAAUGAAGUGGAAAGACAGAUUGCAAAUCCAGCGUCCUCUGUUUCUCCUCAAUCUAAUUAUGCUGACACAAGCAAUCAAAUGCAACCUGGUUCACGUGGGAUUCUGCCGCUACUGUCUGCUGCUAGAAGUUUCAAGCCUUCAUUGCUUCUUGAUCCCAAUUAUAGGAGAAAUCUAUUGAACCAAUUUGGUGCUUCUGUUUUCACUAGUAAUGAACCAUUACAUUCCCGCAGAGGAGAAUUCGACAAUGGCUAUGACCAGCCUUAUCAUUAUGGAGCAAGGCCAACAUUUGGGGAUGAAGAUCGAACUUCAUCAACUCAUGGUCAUCAAUUUCAUGGAAAUGUCUCAAGAGAUCAAGAAGCACAUUUGCAUGGUGAUGAUGUAGAAGAACAAAUGAUUAAAUAUGCUAUUGAGGCUUCAAAGCAGGAGGAUUCCUCAGGUGCUAUGCAAAGUCAGCUUCAUCUGGAAGAUGAUGAACUUGCUCAUGCAAUAUCACUUUCCCUGAAGACAGCAGAACGUGAAAAGGCAAUACGUGCACAAACAGCAGAGAACCAAAAACAAUUGGUAGUUAAUAAUUCAACUGGAAGAGCUGAGAAAACUAAUGAUGGCAGAUCGCAGCCAGGAUGCUCAUCUUUUCAAGGGGGCGCAGAGGAUUUGCAAGAACAGUCAUUGUGGGGUGGCAUUUCUUCGAAGGAGCUUGAUGAAGCAAUGCUUCUUGAGGCAGCAAUGUUUGGUGAAAAUUCUGAAGGUACUUCUUCCCAACACACACCUCAUCCACACGCUGCUGUAGAUAAAAGUAAAGGUCUCCAUCCACCGCAAGUACCGCAUCAACCAUCACAGUCACUUAUGGAUUGGCAGUUAAUUCGAGAACAGCAGGAUAAUGAGUAUCUUGCAUCUCUUUUGGCUGAUAGAGAAAAAGAAACAAGUGCCUUAAAGAAACCUGAGACUUACUUGAAAAAAGGAGAAUCUCAAAAGUCAGUUGAUGGAGAGUUAGAAACUAAGAGAUUGAUAGCCGCAAAAGAAGCUUCACUUCCUCAGGAGCCAGCAGUUGAUGAUACAAAUGCAGUGACUCUUCUUGUUCGUAUGCCAGAUGGCAGCCGCCAUGGUCGUCGGUUUCUCAAGUCAGACAAGCUUCAGUAUCUUUUUGAUUUUAUCGAUGUUGGUGGAACAGUGAAACCUGGAACUUACAGGGUGGUGAGGCCAUACCCCAGACGUACCUUCUGCACUGGUGACAGCUCAUUAAGUUUGAAUGAACUUGGUCUGAACAAUAAACAAGAAGCCUUGUUUCUGGAGUUGAUAUAGCGUUCUCAAACUGUUGAAAAUACAGAACACCUUAGUUUAGAUUUGGCGUGGGUUUAGUUUGUUUGUCGUUUUGGUUGGAGCAAAGGUAAUCUGCUGAGGUUUAAACUAAACUAAUGGCAAUGACUGAACAGGAAACCAAAACUUUAGAUCUGUUUGAAAGAUGUAAUUGUUGUUUGACAAAGAUCCUUUUAUGUGUUGAUCAGGAUCAGGCUAUUUGGAAAUCGGCGAGAUAAUCAAGAUAAUUAAUGAUUUCUACAUGUUCA